UAUUUGAUUUGCAGCCUUUUUCACUUUUACCCUCUCUGUUCCAUUAAUCUCGCUCCAUUACCCUUCCCAUUCCUUUACAUAUUAAAACUAAUUUAAUGAUCAGUGAUAGCUUAUUGCUACUUCUCUUAAUCUCGGUUACAUUUGCAUUUAAAUUACCAUCAUCCGGUACUGCAACGGUAACGCAUUACCUUCUUGGUGACAAUGUCGGUGCUUGUGAUUGCGCUACAGGAGCCAACAAGUUUCCAGUUGCAGCCAUUAAUCAAAAUGCCUUUGGCCAAGUGAACGGAACGGCUGGCCCAGGAUGUGGUCGUUGCUUUAAUAUCAUCCUGAAUACUGCGAUAUCUGAUCAAAAUUAUACUAUUACCGACGCUUCCAACCGCCCCGAAAUCACCGUAAAAAUCGUAGAUCUCUGUCCUGGCCUUGCACCCAACCUAGAGUGGUGCGCGCAGACAGAUUCAACUCCAAAUCCACACGGGGCAUGGGUUCAUUUUGACCUAUCACAAACCACCAUCCCAAGUAAUUGGUUUCCUCAACCUUUUGGCUAUGAUAUUGGCCAAUGGUUGGCUACUUACUCAGAAGUAAGUUGCACGGAAUGGGCUGGUUACAAGCAACCACAGACAUCUGGCCUUGCUGUUGCUGGUGCAGGCUGCUGUCCUGCGAAUCCAACCUAUGACAACCAAACAUGCCCGAUGUCGGGCAGCUCUGGGACGACUGCAUCUAGUUCUAGUCGCGUUUAUUUUGACCGUGCUUUGGGCACAUUGAUAUUCAUUGCUCUUCUAUCUGUCAUCUAUUUAAAUUGAUAAGCUUCAUUCUUAAUCUACAUGAUCUACGCAUGCCAAAAAAUGGGGUCACAUUAUACUGUGACACUGCAGACCGGUCGAUGAGGCGACUGGUAUGUUGCGAAACAUUCCUUGUGAGCUUACUGUGUCUCAGUAUUCCAUGAUGGGUUGGGGACAUUGAUGUGGCCAGUAUCUUUUCAUCCAUUCACUCCACUGCCGCUUUUGA